AGCUUGUGACUGGUCAUCGCUGGACGAAUCGUGGAAGUGGCGCAUUUUCAGUAAUUGUUGAUUGGAGAUCGCCAAAUAAUACACUGAUUAUUGGUUACUGUGUUUAAUAAACUUUGGCCGCGUAUAAAUAAUUCCUACUUUGAUUUAGGACAAAACAUUAACUCUUAGAAUUAGUUAAAAGUGAUUUUCUUGCGAUUGCCCUUGUGCGGUUGGAACAUUCAAGAUGUCCGUAUGCUUUUUUGUGCCUGCUGAACAGGGCAGCGGAGUGGCCGAGGAGAUAGAGACGGAGACCGUAGAGGAUGCACCCCUGGAGAGCAGCCAGCAGACACUGCAGCAGUUCUGGUCGAAGGUCAUGGAGGACAUCAGGAAGAUCACUGCUGAGGAUUUUAAAACCCAAGCCCUGCCGCUGGCUCGCAUCAAGAAGAUCAUGAAGUUAGAUGAGGAGGUGAAGAUGAUAUCGGGCGAGGCUCCUAUGCUGUUCGCUAAAGCAGCCGAGAUCUUCAUUCAUGAGUUGACGUUACGUGCCUGGUCACACACAGAGGACAACAAGCGGAGGACUCUGCAGCGCAACGACAUAGCGAUGGCGAUAUCGAAGUCGGACCAGUUCGACUUCCUGAUCGACAUCGUGCCGCGACACGAGGUCAAGCCCAAGCCACGCGAGGACCCGCCGCGGGCCACCACCGUCACCGAGCAGCUUACGCAGCAGCACAUCAGUACAGUACACAGCGGCCAGCAGCAGAUUGUGGUCCAGCCGUGCGCGCAACUCGUGCAGUCGAGCAGCAGCGGCGCGGCGAGCAGCGUGGUGUCGCCGCAGCCCGUGGCGCUGGUGCAGCAAGUGGUCACGCCUUCUGGAGAACUACAGCAGGUGCCGAUCCACCUGAGCCAAGCGCAGCUGAACAUGAUCCGGCUGCAGGUGCAGAACAACCCGGCGCAGCCCAUCCUCAUCCAGGCGCAGCCGCAGCAGUCGCCGCAGAUCAUACAGGUAUCGUCGCAAGCGCAGCACCAGCCCCAACAACAAGUAUUCCUGGCGCAAGUGGCCACCAGCCAAGACGACUCAUAGUGUUCGGCCGAAUCCACUCUCGACAAUACGGAUGACGUCACGGUCAAGUUCGAAGAUUAAAUUCGAAUUGGAAUAUAGCUCGCGCAAUUAAAGUUGAGGCCAUCAAGACAUGCAAAGAUUUGUCUGUCUGUAUACGUUGAUGCAGUCAGACUUACAAAUGCUUUCUGUCUCGCUUGCAGACAUUUUACAAGAGCGUGGCAACUAUAGGCCUAGGACCUCACUCAGUGCCUGGGGUAUGGGAGCGGUACGGAAAGAUGUAUUUGAGAUGUCAAACGUUAGAGAGAUUUUAGAUAUGCUUCAGAUUUGGAUGCUCUGUCACGCCAAUGUGUGUCAAUGUCAGCCUAGGCGCAGACCACCGAUUUUUAGUUGGCCGAUAGUUGGAUCACGCUGGUAAUUAGUAUGGAGAUGUAUGAAAGUGCGCACAUUACACCGAUUUGGUAUCGGCCGAUUCUAAAUGUGUAUUGCUUUCUGUAUUCAAAUAUUUAAUCAGUGAAGUGUUAUAGCCUCAACUUUCUUUGAGCGAACUAUACGCGUGUGCGACUUCACCCAUAGACAAUAUCGGAUUCAUUCAUUCGAGAUGUGGAUUUUAAACAAGUCACGUGGUCAACUCAUGUGAUAUUUAGGUUUUAGUGCUGUUUAAGUGUAUGAUGUAGGUAUAUCAUAAGUUCGUUAUAAUAUUUUUAUUUAUCAAUAUUAUUAUGACAGACACUGUGUUCGGUUGCUUAAAGUACCGAGUGUGGUUUUACUAAAUUUUGUGAUUAAUUAUAAGAUUUAACCGAAGCAUAGUUUGCGAGCAUUCGUUAGGGUUUAACGCGAACAUUUGUUCGCGAAUCAAAUAGAUUGAGAGUGCAGCAGGAGAAUAUGAACCGUUGCCAGAUAGUAUAAGGUCUAAAUUGACGUGAUCAUUAACCGAACGCUCGCUAGAUAAGUUAUUGGGAAUUCUUGUACAUUUUAAUGCUAGUUACAAUUACUCUCUGUAUAUAAUAUUGAAAUAAAGUUAAUUUUAAGAUA